UACAGACAAGCCUAAAGUUUGCCUUUAUGUUCGCUUUGGUUCGAUACAAGAGAAAGGGCAACGUGUUCUGGCCAUUCUCGCUGUGUUCUACUCUUUGAGUGUGCGUGCGUGCGUGCGUGCGUGCGGGCGGGCGUGCGCGCGCGCCUGUGUGUGUGUGUGUGUGUGUGUGUGUGUGUGUGUGUGUGUGUGUGUGUGUGUGUGUGUGUGUGUGUGUGUGUGUGUGUGUGUGUGUGUGUGUGUGUGUGUGUGUGUGUGUUCGCAGCAGACGACAAAAGUUGUGGCGAGGGUCACGACCACUCUCUCCCAUCCAGAAGGCACCUCGCCCCGUGAGAGCCUUCUGCUGCAGUGGAGCAGACGAACAGACGAACAACUUCCUGGUGAUGAGCCGCGCGCCAAGUAAACACACACACCCGAAAUCUUGGACCCUUUGUAUUUAACGCGGGCGCAGCGGGGUGCUUUAUAAUCUCCAGACUCGCAACGGGGAAGCAGCGAUACUUACUUCGAAGGUGCGUACACCGCUUUGCGUUUCGAAUAGGGCAAACCUCUCCGGCAAAGAGCCACACCAUGGGCCUCUGCAUUUUCCCUCUCUCCUUGCUGAGUGUCCUGGCUUUCGCCAACGGAGGCCAGUUCAGCCAGAGACUGGACGCGCCCAUCUCAACGUACGGCUGGACGCCGCUCAUUCCCGCGUCGACCGGAUCCGUGAGCCUGCCACAGAACGGACGAGUGUACACAACGCCGUAUCAGGUCAGUUCACCGCAGCAGGUGGCCUAUCAACAAGCCAGGGGCAACGGGGCAAUCGACAACGCUCCAAGACAGUUCAGCGCCAGCAGCCCGCAGUCUAGGACCGUCACUGCCUCCAUAACCUGGCCACCGGACCAGUCCGCACAACGGCAGCCUCAGCCACAGCCUGAGCCGCAGCCUGAGCCGCAGCCUGAGGCACAGCCCGGACCUGCAUUGCCACCUCAAGGUGAGGUGGUCGGUCCCGGACUGCCGGACGAAGACAUUGCAGUGCCGGAAACAGAUCCGCCCGUCCUGGAAACGUUCAAUGGCCACCCCGAAGACGACCGGGUGGUCAAGACGACGCUGAAGACGCCGGUGUCGCACGGCUACGUCGUCGCCCUCGUGAAAAAGCCCAACCACCUCAAGUCUUACUUCAAGUCUAAGAUUCCUGAAGCAGUGAGGGACGACCAGCCGGCCUUCUUCGUGUACGUACCGCCCACCCGACGAGGAACUGCGCCGACGUUGCAGUCUCGCGGUCCUCAACUGAGAGCCAACAACCGAGGACCGUCGCAGAGGCAGUACCAGAGGCCGUUCAGCAGAACCAGCGCUGUACCGAGGUACGUCUUACCUCUCUUCGGCCAGCCGUUCGCCGUGACCCACGUUCAAGGGCUGAGGACUCCGGCCAUGCCAGCAGUCUUGGUUUACGUUCCUCCGGAGGGUCAUUUCAGCGUGCCACUUCCCGCGAACCCAUCGCUGUCCCUGAACGCCCUGCUGGAACACUCCAAGCCCGCUCCCGUGCUGUCCAAAGCGUUCCUCGACUCGACGGCACCGCCAGACGCGCCCUGGUUCUCUCAAAGCCUCGAAGCCACGCCCGAAGAAAUCAUUAAGCUCACUCUGUCCCAACUGGGAAAAUUUCAUGCCUAGUACAUUCUUUUAAAUAAAAUGAACAAAGAAACUGUU